AUGAGAGAGAACCUUGAAGGUGUGUCAUCCCAAAGUAUGGCAUUUACUGACUGUAUGAAACCCACUGACCUGGCUGCAGAGGGGAUAAAGAGGAAAAACUGGAGAAACAGAAUAAGAUGUCUCUUGAAGAGGAAUUCUUCCCUGUCGAUAUUACAUCUAACGGAAAACCGAUCUUACAGGCCAACCGCUGAUGACGUGAAUCAGUGGGCGCAGUCACUUGACACACUACUCAGUCAUAAAUAUGGCAAAGCUGCCUUUUGUAUCUACCUGAAGUCUGAGUUCUGCGAAGAGAACAUUGAGUUUUGGACGGCCUGUGAGGAUUUCAGGACCAACACGUCACACAAAGAGCUGGUGUCCAAGGCCAACAGCAUUUACGAGCAGUUCAUUAAAAAUGAAGCUCCCAAAGAGAUAAACCUGGAUUUCCACACCAAAAAUGCUAUCGCCCAGAGCCUCCAUGAGCCCACUGCAACUAGCUUCCUGGCAGCUCAGAAUAAAGUCUACAGCCUGAUGCAGAACAACUCCUACCCCAGGUUUAUCAACUCUGACCUCUACAAAGAACUGUGUGAAGCUGCCAGGGGCCAGGGCAAGCACAUUAAGUCCUAGUCAAACUAGACACCCACUCCUGAAGUCAUUUGUUUACUGCCGUGACUGUGUGAAUAAACCACUGAUGAUGUUCAUUCCAGGCACCGCCUCAGGAUAAUACACAUAAAUGCAAAUCCUGAGCAUAAGCAUUACCGGCGAGUGUGGAAAAUGCAAAACUGAAGCCAUUUUUAGUCCGUCCUGCUGAGAGCUUUCCACAGUGAAGAUGGGAUGAUUAGGCUGGAUGCUAUAUGCUGCAGCAGACAGUACAUAGAGCAUUUCUUCCAGAUAGGAUUAUGGUUACAUUUCCUUCACUGGGCCAUUACGUGCACUUUCUUUAGUACGCUAUUAGAAUUUCGAGCAAUGAUGCGGUUCAAGAAAAUGGGGCUGUAGUGCAACUGCAUUCAAAGCUGAGAAGAUUGUCAAAGUCCGUCAAAACACUUAACUAUCCCUACUGACAAUGCUGUUAGAGCAUAUUUCUUUUUAUAUUUGUCAAAAAGGGCUUGCUAUGUUACCCUCGUUUUCAUUGCCAUGUUGGUCUGCUGGAUUUGCAUCUGUUUAUGAAAAAAGUGCAAUUUUAAUUUAUAUAACAAUAUCCACAGGCUAUAUUUGUCCUGAAAUAACUGUGAAAAUGGUAUGUAAAUGUAUUGUAAAUAUUGUUGAAUGUGAAUUUAAGUUUGAGGCAGCUGGACUGCUUGAGAAAUAAAAAGUUUUCUCCAA